CUCAGCAUCCGCUGACCGUUACUUUACGUGUCCGACCACUUCGUGGCUGAGCUGCUGUCGUUCCCAAUCACUUCCACUUUGUUAUAAUCCCACUGACAGUUGACUGUGGAAUAUUUAGUAGAGAGGAAACUUUGCAGGUGGCAUCUGAUCACGGUACCACGCUGGAGCUCACUGAGCUCCUGAGAGUGACCCAUUCUUUCACUAAUGUUUGUAGAAGCAGUCUGCAGGCCUAGGGGCUCGGCUUUAUACACCUGUGGCCAUGGAAGUGAUUGGAACACCUGAACUCAUUGAUUUGAAUGGGUGAAUGAAUACCUUUGGCAAUAUAGUGUACAUUGUUCACUGAAACAGUGCAGCUACAGCAGACUUUGAAAAUAGGAAAAACUCCGCUCUGAAACAGGUAAACAUUGCUCUAUACUAAAAAUAAUAAAGCAUUUUAUUAAUAUUAUAAUUAACAGCUCCAGUUGUUCAUACAUCUCUGGCUGUUUAUAUAGCCUAAGAAACUUAAGCUUCACAGCACCUCAGCCAAGACUGAUACUGGAAAACCGGUGUUUUACUAUUUUUGAGUAAUGGCUUGACAUUUAUGCACUGAAUUCAUUUAUUUGCUAAGUGACCUGAACACAUUUGUUUUGAUUUUAAAAUAACACACUUGUUGCUUUUAGUGUCCUUCAGUUUCCUUGCAGGCAUCUAUUGCGAUGUGGGAUUCAUAUCUGCAUAUCUACCAGUGAAUAUUUUUUUUUUUUUUUUUUUUUUUUUUUUUAAAUCUCGUCACAAGUCACAAAUACUGUGACUUGUGCAUGGAAUUGUGAUCAGUAGUGAACUCUCACCCACCCCUACGUGACUGAUAUUAACCCAGUGAGUGAGUUUAAAGUGGCUCGGAGUCUGAGACGUCCAGCGAUCGUCAGGUAAGAUGCCCUGUGUGUGACUGAGUGAAGUGAAGGUGCUGCAGUGAGUUGAAUUUCACUCUUCUGCCGUCUUUUGUUAAUGCGUUCAGAAACAGCCAGUCAGACCAAAUAACUACUUAACUUCCUAAACCUUCAGAGGGGGUUACACAAUAUUUACUUCCAAACAAAACACUCAUUGUUUCACAGCCAUUGUGUGUUUUAUACAUUUCCUUUAUUUAAUAUCUGCCUUACUGAUGAUAAACAGAUUUUGAAGGAGCUGCUGUGUGGAUUGCUGGAGUGUUGAUCAGUCUCAAUUUUAUGGGACACAUUUUAUAAAAGCUCGUAUUAGUGCAAACAUUUUCUUUAGGGUUUAUUUGCCUCGCACUCUGUGUACCUCUCUGCCUUGAAUGGACUUGUAUUAAUGUGUAUUAGGCCACCCCUGUCCAGAGUGCAUCCUGCCUCCUGCUGACUGCUGCGAUGGGCUCCAGCUCCCCCCACAACCCAGAAGAAUCCACCUUCGCAAACUGCAAGUGACAACUUGGCCAGAGACCUCCACAUCUGUUAAAGUAUGAGUGUAUUUAGAGCAGCAGGGGACAGUGCACCUGAGAGCUUCACAGCAGUCGAUCACAGCAUCAGAGGUCAAGUGGACAUCAGUGGUACCUGGAAAUGGCAUUGGUCAUCCAGUAAUCACCUCAAAAGGCCAGUUUGCUUGGCCCCACCUCGAACACCUCAAAGCAGGAGUUGCUCUUCAUAUCCUCGUUUCUCUCUCAACACAUUCAGCUGCCUCAAAUUUGCAUCAUCCUCCUGCACUGGGCAUCGCUUGGACACUGAAAAGGACAUCAAUGAAAAGCCAGUUAUGAGGAAUCUGCUGCUUAUCGUGUGGCUUGUCAUGUUUUCAGCAGCUGGGUUUGGUGAUAUCGUGUAUCUCAGCAGGCAGAGGAAUUCCUCUGUGGAGUUUUCCUGCAUGUCCACAAAUGUGAGCGCAAAGCCGUUUGCGUUUUCUCUGAUGCGUGACCUGGUGAAACCUGAAAAAGUGCUGUAUGAGUACUUUGGGAAAAGCCCUUCCAUUUUUAAUGAGAAAGACAAGAACGAGUUUGUUGUGCGGUUUGUUGAUUCAAGCCACCACCAAGUCACUGUGAACAUCUCACACCUGCUGGGGCGCCACACUGACCUGUACCACUGUGUCUUCCACUAUGAUUUUCAGAAGUUUGAGGAUUAUCCUGGCAAGCCAAAGUUUUUUCUCUAUGUUGAAGACUCCAUUCCUGAAGAGUGCAGUUGCUACAGUAAUGAGCCAUUGCUCUAUGCUCUGUCAGCUGUAGCAGUGCUGCUGUUCCUGUGCAUGCUGAUCUUCUCUGGAGUCUACUGUAAGAGGCCGCCCAGCACAGCCAAAAGCACUGCCAUUGUCGUCUAUGAGGAGAUGAACCAGACGAGAACAACAAAGAGCAAAAAGAGGCCGCCCAGCACAGCCAAAAGCACUGCCAUUGUCGUCUAUGAGGAGAUGAACCAGACGAGAACAACAAAGAGCAAAGUGUGCUCCCUAUGAUGCCCAGUUUGCCACCAGUGAUUCCUGGAAUUCCCUGUUAUGCCAGGCUUGCCACCAGAAUGAUGCCAAUUGCAGGAAUAAUGCCCCCCAGGCCCAGGAUGCCCCCUAUGAUGCCAGGCAUGCCCCCAAGUAAAAGACCUGGGCUUUGAUAUCACUGUUUGUCAAAGCUGUGAAAUCUGAGUGAAACAGAGAGCUGCUGUUGGAUCUGUUGGUGUGGACAGACAUAUAUUUUAUCUUCUGCAGGUGUGCUCCCUCAAGUUAUGCUGCACUUUCGGAAAUCGGUUCAUAAAUAGCUCUUGGACCAGUCAGGGACUAACGGUGGGGGACCCCUACCCAACCCCUUUGCCUUUGUGAUAUUUGUGGCAUCAACCACAUGAAGAAUAUUGCAGUUGAGAGAUGUUAUUUAAGCAUAGACAUGCUCCUCAGGGGCCAGAUCAUUUCAUAGGCUCCCGAGCAGCACAGCCGUGUAUGUAUUGGCCCUAUCAUCAUGGCAAAUUCAAGCCCUGCUGAUGCUACAGCCAUCCAUGGCAGGGAGUCCAAGAGAGGACAGCUGUCCUCAUUGUCUAUGGGUGGAUAGAAUGGACUCCAGCCCCCCCCCCCCCAUCACUCAGUGCGAUGGUGGAGUGCAUAUCUGCAUAGCUACUGCCAUUUGUUUCUUAAAUGCCAUUAUAAGUCUAAAAUAAUGUGACUGAUGCAUUGGAUUUUUAUUAGCUGUCGAGCUCAGUUCAACUUUUAAUAGAGAUUGUACAUACAUGUGAAGUGUGAAGCAAGAGCGUGAUGACCAGGCUAAU